AUGUGGAAAUAUCUGUGGAUGGUUGCGAUGUUCGUGAAGAGUUGGAAACUGGACGCCGUGCAAUUAGACGAUGUAAACUGCGGAGUGGACAAAUCUGACACCACGGAGGGUAACGUGCUAAACGAGCAGUACCCCUGGGUUGGAGUACUGUACUACACGAUAUACGGUGACCUGGGCGAGUCUCGCUCAGUGACCACGGUGGUGCUGAUACACGCGGAGUUCGUCCUUGCCAACUCUGCAGACAUCGGCCCUAUGCCCAAAUUACAUUUCAGAGAAAAGGCACGCGUGCUUCUCGGCGAGGGCUGGCAGCGGCGCGGGCGGCGCGUGCGCAACUACGUAAUACACCCAGAAUACGGGGAAACCAUCAACAGUGUCGCCAUUAUACACCUCAAGCAACCUGUCCGUAACAUUAAAAUACUACAGCCGAUUUGCCCUCCCCCUAAUCGUGUGAAAAAUCCUACGUAUUGGAUAUUGAAGUUCGAUGAUAUCAGUCACACCAAUAAAUGUUUACCUAUUAUAAUAGAACUGGAUGCACUCAAGAAGCAGGUGCUGCGCGGAGUUCCUGUAACAGCAGAAAAUUGCCGCUUAUACUACGAAGGGAAAAGUCUGGACGCCACUCGCCGCCGGCCGUCGUACGUCAAAUGCAUGGUGGCGAUGGGAUUCACCGCGCCGUGCGUGUGGGGCGCGGGCUCCGUGCUUGCCACCCGCGACGUGUGGGGGCGCUGGCAGCUGCUUGGUAUUGGCGUGUACGGGCCAGGUUGCGCCGCGCCGUCCCGGUUCCUGGACAUGCUGCGGUACUACCCCUGGAUCGAGGAUUCCCUGAACAAGUUUCAGCGCGUUACCAUAUCUCAGAUCAACCCGCACCGAUAUGUUUUGCGGAGUGGAAUCGCUAUCGGAAUGUUAAUGCGUUUUGGUGAUUGUGACGAUUAUGAAAAACAAAACUUGAUAUAUCGGGAAGCUGUCAAUCUUGAAACGGACAGCAGAAACGUGAAACUCAUCAAAUACAAUAUGACGAUAUACGACACGGUACAGUAUUCGUGCGUGAUAUUCGACCUCAAACACGCGUCCGCGUCGGCUGAGAUGCGAGUACGUCACUUCUGUCCGCGCGCGCCCGGGGGGGUAGCCUGCUACUCUUAUAGAGGUACACGAUUCGACGUAGCCAUCGACGUGUUGUUCACUGAGAACUGCAUAUUGGACAUCAGCGUGUACGGCCUGCACGUCAACAUGUCACUGCUCGACAUCGAGAUGUGGAAGUGGGAGGAGGGCACGUACUAUGAAGAUUUCAGAUUGACGCCGACAGAGUACCGGGGCCCCACGUAUCAAACGCUGGACGGGUUCGAACCGUUGGACGAUAGCAUGUGGGUGCCGGACUAUGACCGCUGGUCUACGGAACCCGUCACGUAUGAGACUACAACAUCACGAUACACUCAAACGGCGAAUGAUACUAUCACCAUACUGGCAUACUCUUUUGUGUCGACCACUACCAAAUCGGGGACAACAACGAAAACAAGAAAAAAAUUCUCAAGAAAGACCAAACCGCCCAAAGGGAUAACAUUCUGGUCCGCAAUAGAAUACUUCUUCGUAAACAUCUUCUGGAAGGGUUUCAUUUGUUGGAUCUUUAGAUGCGGCUGAAGAUAUGUACAGUUUAUUAGUGGGUCAUUCUUGCUGACUCCUGCACCGUUCGACUCGCAUUGCUACGUAGCAAUUAUUAAACUUAGCACAGCUUGAUGCCCCUUUACGUGCGCUACUACAAAAUAAUCAAUUGAUUUUUGACAAUCCUAAUUAGCCAAAUGGCAUAGUGCCAUUUUAGACAAGGACAACAAGCGAAGCACUGUCAAACUUAGGUUUUGUGAGAAGCAAGGUGAUAAUCACUACAUAGUAUAAAACAAAGUCACUUUCU